AUGGCGCUCAGCUCUCAGCCGUGGCCUCCUCUAAUCUGGCUCUGCAUGGGAUUGCUUCUUUCCUUUCUGUCACCAGUUCAUGGCAAAGAAUGUCCUCGUUUGUGUGUAUGUGAGAUUCGCCCAUGGUUCACCCCACAGUCGACCUACAAGGAGGCAACUACAGUGGAUUGCAAUGACUUGAGGCUGACGCACAUCCCUACCAACCUGUCAGCAGAUACCCAGGUGUUAUUGCUCCAAAGCAACGCCAUCUCUCGCACCAGUGGAGAGCUGGAGGCACUGUUCAACUUGACAGAAUUGGAUCUAUCCCAGAACAACUUCAGCACUGUGGAAGCUGUUGGCCUCACAAACAUGAACCAUCUGACCACUCUGCAUCUAGAAGAGAACCAGAUCAGUCACCUGCCAGACCACUGCCUGGGAAACCUCUCCAAUCUGCAGGAGCUCUACAUCAACCACAACCAGAUAAGCUCCAUUUCUCCCCGAGCAUUUGCAGGCCUGCACAGCCUGCUGCGCCUGCACCUUAACUCCAAUAGGCUCCAUGUCAUAGACAGCCGCUGGUUUGAAGAAACACCAAACCUUGAGAUCCUCAUGAUUGGGGAGAACCCAGUUAUUGGCCUACUUGACAUGAAUUUUAAGCCUCUAGUAAGCCUGCGGAGUCUAGUUCUGGCAGGAAUGGAUCUCACUGAUGUUCCAGGAAAUGCGUUUGUAGGUUUAGAUAAUCUGGAAAGCAUUUCUUUCUAUGACAACAAACUGGUCAGAAUCCCUCAACUUGCCCUUCAGAAAGUCCCCAAUCUGAAAUUCUUGGAUUUAAACAAAAAUCCAGUUCACAAAAUUCAGGAAGGAGAUUUCAGAAACAUGCUCCGUCUAAAGGAGUUGGGCAUCAACAAUAUGAUGGAGUUGGUGUCUAUUGACCGCUUUGCUCUGGACAACCUACCGGAACUGACAAAACUGGAAGCCACCAACAACCCUAAACUGUCUUAUGUCCACAGGUUGGCAUUUAGGGACAUGCCCUCCCUAGAGAGCCUGAUGCUCAACAAUAAUGCUCUCACUGCCCUUUACCAGCAUACUGUACAGAUGUUGCCUAAUCUGCGUGAAAUCAGUCUUCACAGCAAUCCAUUACGCUGUGACUGCGUUAUUCAGUGGAUGAGUUCCAACAGGACCAUAGUGCGCUUCAUGGAACCCUUGUCCAUGCUGUGCACCUCCCCACCAGAACUCAGAGGCCAACGGGUCCGAGAGCUAAGACUGCUUGAGUCCCUAGAGCAGUGUCUUCCCCUUAUAUCCCACGACACCUUCCCCAGCCACUUGAACCUCGAGCUAGGCAUGAGUGUCAGCCUGGACUGUCGGGCGGUGUCGGAACCAGAGCCUGAAAUCUACUGGGUGACUCCACUAGGGACCAAAAUCACAAUAGACACCAUGUCAGAGCGAUACCACUUGAGCAGUGAGGGCACUCUGCGGCUGUCUCAUGUGCAGGUGGAAGAUUCUGGUCAUUACACCUGUGUAGCCCAGAACACAGAAGGGGCGGACACACGAGUCACCACCAUCCGUGUAAAUGGGACCCUGCUCGACAGUGCUCAGGUGAUGAAAAUCUAUGUCAAGCAGACUGAGUCCCACUCCAUCCUGGUCUCCUGGAAAGUCAAUUCUAAUGUCAUGACCUCCAACCUGAAGUGGGCCUCAGCCACCAUGAAGAUUGACAACCCACACAUCACCUACACGGCUCGUGUCCCUGUAGAUGUCCAUGAGUACAACCUCACACACCUUCAACCUGCAACUGAGUACGAGGUAUGCCUCACAGUCUCCAACAUCCACCUUCAGACACACAAGUCUUGCGUUAACGUGACAACACGUAGCGCUACCUUUGCCCUUGACCUGUCAGACCAGCACCCGAGUGCGGCUGUGCUGGUUGUCAUGUCAACCAUGCUGGCAUUCCUCAGUCUGGCCACUGUGGGUGUCUACAUGGCUCGCAGAUGGAAGCGAAAAAACUACCACCACUCUUUGAAGAAGUACAUGCUGAAGACAUCCUCCAUCCCACUUAAUGAGCUCUACCCUCCACUCAUUAAUCUUUGGGAGGCUGAUGGCGAGAAGGACAAAGACGGCAGCACAGAGGGGAAACCCUCUCCUGUCGACACCACACGUAGUUAUUACAUGUGGUGA